AAAAAUAAGACGCCAUUUUGUUUAACAUUUGCAUCGUCUGUGGAUUCAUGCAAGUGUUUAGGACCGUACUGAAAUUAAAACUGUAAUCUCAAGGCUAUUAUUAGAUUUUGUUCAAAAUAACAUCGGGCGAUGUCGGACCGAAAACGUUUAAUAUCUGAUCUUCGUGUAAUAGAUCUACGCGCUGAGUUAGAAAAGCGCAAUCUAGAUAAAAGCGGUGUACGCGGUGUGCUCGUACAACGUUUGUCUAAGUAUUUAGAAGAGAACGGGGAAGAUCCGGCUACUUUUACUUUCGAAUUAGCUACAAAUGAAGUAAAGACACCAUCAAAGAAGACCAGACGCACUGAAAGUGCUGUAGAAACUGUUGAAGAAGAAACCCCAAUUAUGGAAGAUAUGAUAGUCCAAGAUACAGCUGGUGAGGAAGAGGAUACGGAACAAUCGGAAAAUAAUCAGAAAAAAAAGGCGGCGAAAGAAUCUCCGAAAAAAACAGAUGAAAUGGAGGUUGACGAUGAUGAGAAGGUUAACCGCAAACGUGAAAGUAAAGACGAGGCUGAAGCUAGUCAAGCAAAGAAACCCUGCUUAGAAAAGGAUGUUAGAAAUGAGGAAGAACAUAAGGCAGAAAAUAAUACAGACGCUGAAGACAGUAUCAACUUAGAUUUGGGUGAAGACGAACUUUUGAAUGAAGAGACUGACAUCUCAGCUAAAAACAAGAAAGAUGACGCCGCGCACGUGGAUCCUGCAGCGGCCGCGAGCGUCGAGCCGUCGCAGACUUCGGAGCCAGCUGACUCCUCAGAAUGUCAAGUAAUCACCGAAGCGGCUGCCACUAGCAAUGAGUCUGAUAAGGUUGAUAGAGAAGACAAGGAUGACAAAGAGAAAGAUGGGGAUGUUGACAAAAAGGAAAAGAGAGACGAAAACAAAGAGGGUGGCGCAAGGAAUUUAUGGGUUAGUGGAUUGUCUGGGGACACGAGAGCCAAGGAUCUGAAGCAGCUAUGUAGCAAGCACGGCAAGGUGAUUGGAGCCAAAGUGGUAACCAACGCUCGUACCCCAGGAUCUCGUUGCUAUGGUUACGUUACUAUGGCCAGCUCUCAGGAUGCCGAAAACUGUAUUAAAAAUCUACAUAGAACUGAAUUACACGGUCGCAUGAUAUCUGUGGAGAAGGCUAAAUCUGAAUCCGAGUCCGCAGCUCGCCGCCAGCCGUCCCUCAGACCCGACAGGCGGAACAGCAAGGAACGGAAAGACGACGCCAAGGAAAACCAGGAUACAAAAGACGGUACUGAGAAAUCUGAAUCUAAACCUAAAAAGGAAGGCGAGAUCUCCGGCGCUGAGAGCACCAGAUCUACGUCACGUACUCGUGAAAAGUCGCACCGUUCCGAUAAGGACAGAGUAAGGCGUAGCUCAAGAAGCCGAGAACGGAGGCGGUCACCACGGGAGGUGCUCUCGUUUUCAAAGAUAUGGAAGGAGCGUGAUGUAGCCCGCGCUCGUGAGCGUUCGAGGGCGGCUCGUGAAGAAGAACGGAGAAGGCGGGCGGCGGAAGACGCGCUCAGAGAAAGAGAAAGGAGACAAAGACAAGAGAAACAUAGACUCACCAUAGAGAGGGAGAAGUUACGAGCUGAGAGGGAAAAGAUAGAACGAGAGAAGAAUGAACUUUUGAGGUUAGAGAGGGAGAGACAUAGAUUAGAAAGAGAAAAACUGGAAUUGGAGAGAUUGGAAUUGAAAAGGGCUCAACUAAGGUUAGAAGAGGAGCGUCGCAAGCGGGGCUAUGAGAGUGCGGCCUAUCGCAAGGCGGCCAGUCCACCCGAACCCUCCUACGACAGAGACGCAAGACACAAAAGGCCGCCGCCGCCUACUUUGCAGGCGUCGAGCCGCGGUCAGUUCGAAGCGCCGCCGCCGCCGAGGUUCGAAUUGGCCGGAGGAUACGACCGCACCGACAAACGGGAUAGGGAUUACAAGAGAGACUAUCCCAGACACGUAGCAUCUAACAAUAUGAAAUAUCCACCAAACGGCAGCGCUAGCGAGGACACGAGACAGCAGCUGCCCCCUGGCACUAGACCCAAAGAGCCAAGUCGAUCGUACGACUCUAGAGAAGGUCGUUCGUACCGUCCCUCUCCUCCGGGGAAACCUGAACCGCGCAGUUGGAACGCCUCCAGUCGAUACCCAGAAGCCGCAGCGCCCACUAAAGGUUGUAUUCCAAUAAUAAAAAAAGCCAUGGCGGGCAGCGGUAGCGGCAGCAGUAGCGAGCCGUGGUCGGGCGAGGCUCGGUAUGGCGGGUCAUACGAGACGCGCUAUUCUCCCGCUUACCAACCUCAGCCCCCCGGCGCCGCUUACCCGGACCGGUACGUCCCCGCCGCAAGGGACUACGCCAGGAAAUACUGACACGGGUCUUUGCCAUAGAUGACGUCUUCGUUCUUCUGUAAAAUAUAAGCCAUUUAAGUUUUUUCAAGUGUUGGUAUUAAUAUGAUUUAUGAUAUAUUGACUUAGUUUAUAAACAAUGUUCCAUUCCUGCAUGUGGUUCUUGCAAUGGCUAUUGUAAUUCUGAAAUAUUCUCCGAUAUAGAGAAAAAAUGUAUGUUUGCAUAUAUAAGAGUUACGUAUAUUUCGUAGGUUAAGGUCAACGUAUAUUUAUGGGAUGCAACUUUUAUAGACAAUAGUUCACUACAAAGAGAUAUUAUGCUGACUUUGUAAUUAUAUGUUAAUAUAAAAAUCAUAACAAA